AGUUCUCUCAUCCUACUGUUCCGAACAAGGUGAAACUCAUUACACUUCCGCUCGCUGCUGGACAUGCUUGUAACCACUUUACUGAGGCGUUCGGCGGCUUCGACUCCUUCGGUUUUUGGGAGGGCCUUUUCGAACUCAUGCGCCCGCCGCUCAGAUGCAUUGUUCGUGCACCGCGACACCGAGUAUAACAACCCGAAGAUACCCUUUGCGUUCACAGGGGACAACAUGAAGAGGGCCGAAGAGAUCAUCUCCAGAUAUCCUCCGCAAUACAAGAAGGCUGCGACCAUUCCUCUCCUUGACCUUGGACAGCGGCAGAACAAGGGAUGGACGAGUAUCAGCGUAAUGAACUACGUCGCAAAGCUGCUCGAGAUGCCCCCCAUGCGAGUGUACGAGGUCGCGACGUUCUAUACCAUGUUCAAUCGUGAACCGAUUGGAGAGAAUUUUGUGCAAGUCUGUACCACCACACCAUGCAUGCUGCGUGGCUCCACGGAGAUUUUGGACACGGUGUGCAGCCAACUGGGUGGAAUAAAACCGGGGGCCACAACAGAUGAUGGCAAAUUCACCGUAAUUGAAGUCGAAUGUCAAGGCGCUUGCAGUAAUGCACCUAUGAUGGUCGUGAACGAUGAUUUCUACGAGGACCUGACUCCGGCAACCACAAAGAAAGUCCUGGAGGCGUUCGCAAAUGGCCAAAAACCGAAACCGGGACCACAAAGUGGGCGGAAGACGAGCGAAAACUCUGCUGGACUUACUUCGCUGUCAACGAAGCCCUACGGACCAGGAGAAUUCUGCACGCCAGAAUUUAGCUAGAUAUUCAUAGAGCUGACUUUGAUGGUGACGAUUUGCAUAAAAGACAAGAAAAAAUCGUGAAGUCCACUACUGCCCAUCAUUGACCAAAGAGUUCAAUCAUCGCCUUCCCCGUCAUCGUAACCAAGUACACCGUGUCCCCCCUCCGGAAGCCUUUCGAUCAUAAACCUGCACAAAAGUCAGUUACCAAACAUGGGGCCAGGACAUGCACCUCACUCUAUCUCUUCUCUCAAGUCGUCACAGUAAGUGUCUGUGUAUGUAAUAAGUGAAUGAUAAUGAGUGCUGCAUUGCAUUGAAACGCACCAAGAGGCAGGUCGUGCGGGUC